AUGAAGAUUUCUCUUGCUCUCGUGUGUAUUUUACUCUGUAUAACUACGUUUGCGUUUGCUAUGGUAAAAUAUCCUAAAAUCCGAAGACCGAUUUAUGAUAAAAAAUUGUGCCUUCAUUUCAAUUUACUAAUAGAUACAUACUCUCGAAGCGCCUAUACCAGACGAACGGCACCACCAAUCUGUGGAAAUAGCGUGAUUGCUCUUAAAGUCUAUGAGACAUUAGUCAUCGCUUGCCCAGGUGGUUGGAGAGGACAUAUUAGUAAUGCAAAAUUAUGCGCUAGAGGUUAUCAUGUGUGCAAUAAAAAUGAUCGAGCAUCUCUACUUUCCAAGAUCACUUUUUCGCGUGGUAUUCAAAUCCCUGGCUGCUAUGCUUUUAAUGCUGCCCAUGAUUUUGGACGAUGUAUUGAUUGCAAGAAUAGGGAACAUCAAGAUGAUCUAGGUGGUGUAGGCAUGACAUGCCCUAGAAAAACCACUAGUCAAAAUACAUCCUGCUUAACAGGCGGAACUAUUGAUGCAGCAAUGGAUGUUUCUUCCUUUGCGACUAAUAGAGCUUGCCAUUAUCACCCAGGAAUAUCUGGUGUUUUGUGUUGUGAGAAUUAA